AUGACUGCAAACCCCAUCUCGGGACGUUCGCGAUGGCAGCCCCCAGUGCAUACUCUUCGGUCGCUGCCGUCACCCGUCACCAGUCCGCUGACAUUGUCCUUCUUGGCUGCAGGCGAGCCCCUCGGCCGCAUCAAGUUUGAGCUUUUUAGCGACGUCGUCCCCAAGACCGCCGAGAACUUCCGCCAGUUUGCGACUGGCGAGGACAAGGACGCCCAGGGCAAGCCCCGCGGCUACAAGGGCUCCAAGUUUCACCGUAUUAUCCCCAACUUCAUGUGCCAGGGCGGCGACUUUGUCAACGGCAACGGCACCGGCUCCACCUGCAUCUACGGCAACAAGCGCCAGUUUGACGACGAGAACUUUACCCUCAAGCACGACGCGCCCGGCCUGCUGUCCAUGGCCAACGCCGGCCGCAACACCAACGGCUCGCAGUUCUUCAUCACCACCGUGGCCACGCCCUUCCUCAACAACAAGCACGUCGUCUUUGGCAAGGUGGUGGAGGGUAUGGACGUGGUGCGCAAGAUGGAGGCGGUGCGGACGGGCAGUCGCGGCCCCGACCAGCCAGACCUGGAUGUGGUGAUUGCCGAGUGCGGGCAGAUCUCGUAG